AUGCCUCCCCGGCGCGCCUGCGAUGUCUGCUACAAGCGAAAGAUUCAAUGUAUCAUCAAUACUCAGGGCGAUCCCUGCGACUGGUGCGGGAGCCAGGGCGUGGCCUGUACCUUUGACAGAGUCAUUCAAAAAGACCCAAACAAGAGAACCACAUCCGAUGUCGUCCAAGAACUGUCCCGACGAGUAGAAACGCUCGAAGAAGCCCUCCAGUCUGCACUAUGUACGAAUAGGCCCGUUGGGGGCGCUUCGCCUUGGCCAGAAAGGUCAUUUCCCGAGAGGCCAUUUGCCGAACCAUCGAGAAACCGCCUGAGAGCAUCUCCCGUCGCUACGAUCCUCGGCCAACCGUCCCCCAUAAGCCCUUCCGACCUUGCUGCGAAUACCACGCGGGCCCAGACAACUUCGCCCAAGUCUACCUCCAAAUUGUCGCGAUGUCAAAUCGGUAACAAUUGGUACUUCAAAGGGAUAGGGAUUUUGUCUGAGCGUGGUCAGCAGUGGAUAUCAGAUGGUGCAGGAGAGCGUGUGUUUCUGGAGAAGUUUGACCUAUUCUCCAACCCGCUGGGGACUGCAUCACCGUUUGGCCUUGCUAUAUUUCCCGAACGGCCGAGAAUGCUGCCCUCAAAAGCUACCUGUAGGCAUCUUGUUGAGGGCUUCUUCAAAUCCAUGACCUCUAUCGUCUUUGCUAUCCUGGAGAGAAGCCUCAUUGAAGGAACAAUUGCCAGAGCGUACGGUGAUGAAGGAGCUGAUCUGGGACGCCGGACAUCAGCUGAGGCCUGUCUCUGGGCCAUGAUUGCACUUGUUGUACGCACGACAGACGCUCGGCAAUUAGGUCUCAACGUCGAGCCAAACGAUUGCGUUCAUGAGGCCAACCGCUUGUUGACCAUCAUCAAUGACAAUACGAACUUGGACAUCUUGCAGGGCACCCUUCUUCUGUGGGCAUGUCAAAAAAUGAGAGGACAAUGCCGAGAGGCUUCCGUCACCUUCAGAAGCGCAUGUCGCAUGGUAUGUGACCUUGGCGGCCAUUUCCCGCUGUCACGACUGGCUAUCCUUCCGCAACAUGUUCCCACAUUCGACGACCAAACAAAGCUACAUAUCCGAAGGUUGUUCUGGAUGUGCUACUGCUAUGACAAGGAUAUCUCGUUGCGUACCGAUGAGCCGCCACUACUUACUUCGGAUCACUGCGAUGUAACCGAGUCCGAGGAAUUCAGCAACCAGUCACGGGAUACAAACCUCGCAAAGAUUAAAGAAAACGCAAGUCGACUGCUCUGCUCGCCCCGAGCUUUUAAAUACACCGAGAGUGAGCUUCUUGCGCACGUUCGACAACUUGACGACGAGCUUGAGGAAUGGCGAUUGUCAGUUGAACCACCCUAUCGUCCUAGAUUAUCCAUCCUAUCAGACUCGUCUUUCUCAUUGCCCUCAACCAUGAGCCUAGAGAACUGCACGUAUUUCAUCAAUCUGCAGCUCGACUACCUUUUUACUAUCAUCAAUAUCCACACGUUGGUCCGAAAGUGUGGAGACCUGGAAGAGAAUCUGCCUGAUGACCUACACAGCGUCGUGCACUCGAGCGCCGAUCUAUCGAUAGAGGCCAGUCGCUCCAUUUUCCGCAUCUUGGACACUGUCGUCGACUUCUGGAAAGAGGAUUCAGCAUGGGUCGUGUCCCACUAUGCCCCGAUGGCUGCCAUGCCACUCUUUAUGAACAUUCUUAUACACCCUCUUGGCCAUACAGCGGAUAGCGACUUGCACAUCUUGUCAUCGAUAAGCAGCAUCACGCGCAAAAUUCCAGCAGAGAGGCUUUCGAUAGAGGAGUUAGAGCAUAUCCGAGAGAUAAGCGAGUUCGUGAUGGAGCUUGUCCGACUUAGUCAUAGUGCAGCUUGGAAAGUGAAAAGGGGAGAGAGGAAGCAUGACCUUGACAUUAUCCAUGAAUAG